CAAAACAGCAAGCAGCUAGUAUGCAGCUAGCGCGCCCGUCGUCGUCAGCCUGGUGGCCAUGGCGGGGAUCCUGCUCACCAUCCUCGGCUUCCUCCUCGUGCUGCCGUCAGCAACGGCAAUAGGGGAGACCUGCCGCCACGCCGGCAACUACACGGCCAACGGCACCUACCAGUCCAACCUUGCCUCCCUAGCCGCCACCCUCCCGGUCAACACCUCCUCCUCGCCGCAGCAGCUCUUCGCCACCGCCACCGCCGGGCAGGGCCCCGACGUGGUCUACGCGCUCGCGCUGUGCCGCGGCGACAUGACCAGCAACCUCACCGGCUGCAGCGCCUGCGUCGCCGGCGCGUUCCGGUACGCGCAGCGGAUGUGCCCCCUCGACAAGGCCGCCAGCGUCUACGACGACGGCUGCCUCGCCGGCUUCUCCAGCCGUGACCUCCUCGUGCCGGCCAAUAAUACCGUCACGCAGGACACCGGCACGCUCUUCCAGUUCUUUAACCCGGGGAACCUCGCCGGCAACGCCACCCUGGUGGGCGCCGGCGUCCGAGACCUGCUGGCACAGACCGCCCAGGAGGCCGCCAACAACAGCAAGCCGCCGGCGCGGUUCGCCACCGCGGUCAUGGACGCCUCCAGCAGCGUCCCCCAGGCGCUCUACUCCCUGGCGCAGUGCACGCCGGACCUCUCAGCCGGCGACUGCCUCGCCUGCCUCCGGUGGAUCAUCGGCAUGGUCAACGACACCGUGUCCGUACGCAACGGGGGGCGGAUCCUCGUGCUCCGGUGCAACGUCAGGUUCGAGACGUUCUUGUUCUACAACGGCGCACCUAUGAAGCGGAUCACGUCGUCGUCCGGCCCUCCGGCGUCGCCCGCCCCGGCUCCGACAACAAAUACGAGACCUGGGAUCAAGCCCUGGGUGAUUUCCUUGAUUGUGGCACCUCCUCUGGCGAUUGUAGCAUUCUGCUUCAUCUUUUACCGUCGUUGGAAAAGAAGAAGGUACAGAAAAGGUAAUUUGAGAUUGCGACGAAAGCGUGCUAACAAGUUUCAAGGGGGAGAUGAAGUAGACUGGGAAAUGGAAGCAGAGCUCUCAGAGUUCUCGGUUUUCGACUUUCAUCAGAUACUGGAGGCUACGAAUAACUUUUCUGAAGAAAACAAACUUGGGGAAGGUGGAUUUGGCCCCGUAUAUAAGGGUCAGUUUCCUGAGGGAAUUGAAAUAGCAGUUAAGAGACUUGCUUCACAUUCGGGGCAAGGUUUCAUAGAGUUCAAAAAUGAGGUACAACUCAUAGCAAAACUCCAGCACACAAAUUUGGUUAGGCUCUUGGGAUGUUGCUCUCAAGGGGAGGAGAAAAUUUUGGUCUAUGAAUAUUUACCAAACAAAAGCUUGGACUUCUUUAUCUUUGAUGAAAAUAGAAAAUCUUUACUGGAUUGGAACAGACGUCUAGCAAUAAUUGAAGGAAUAGCAGAAGGACUUCUCUACCUGCAUAAGCACUCGCGUUUGCGUGUCAUACAUCGAGAUCUUAAACCAAGCAACAUUCUCUUGGACAGCGAACUGAAUCCUAAGAUUUCAGACUUUGGGCUAGCAAAAAUAUUUAGCUCAAAUAACACUGAGGAAAGCACUACAAGGAGAGUGGUUGGUACAUAUGGCUACAUGGCUCCUGAGUAUGCCUCCGAGGGCCUCUUCUCUAUCAAAUCCGAUGUAUUUAGCUUUGGUGUUCUUGUAAUUGAGAUCCUUAGUGGAAAAAGGAAUUCCAGUGGCCAAGAUUGUGGAGAUUUCAUCAAUAUCCUUGGAUAUGCAUGGCAAUUAUAUGAAGAGGGAAGAUGGAGGGAACUCGUUGAUGCUUCAUUGGUACCCAUGCAUCACUCAGAUGAAUUGAUGAGGUGCAUGAACAUUGGAUUGCUGUGUGUGCAAGAGAAUGCAGUUGAUCGACCAACCAUGUUAGAUGUUGUUGCAAUGCUAAGCAGCAAGACUAAAAUCCUGGCUGAGCCGAAGCACCCAGCGUACUUCAAUGUACGGGUAGGAAAUGGAGAGGCAUCCACUAAUACUACCAAGUCAUGCAGCAUCAAUGAGAUGACCAUAUCUGUCACAACUCCUAGAUAGAUUUUUGUGGUGCAACGUGGUUUUCGCUGAGCCAACAUUUACUCUUUUUUGCUUAGAACGUGCAAUGCUCGUGUUUCAUUAAAAGAAUUGGACAAUGCAUAGAAUUAUGUGAUUGUAGAUGUUAUAGAAUUAUGUGAUUGUAGAUGUUAUAAACGUACAAUAGAGUUCAUAUGUUUAAGUGGUACAGUGUUCAUUAACUAUUCUAUUUUGAGCAUUUUUUUUCUUGAGGAAAGAAUAGGAAA